AUGGGGUGGUGGUGGCUGCCCCUGACGCUGGUGCUGGGCUCCUGGCUCCCUGGACACCCAGGCAUGCAGGCAGGGAGCCCUGCCUUGUGGCUGUGGGUGGCCCUGCUGGGCUGGCUCCCUGGGCUGCAUGCCUGCCUCGCCUGCUUUGAGCCCCCCGUUCAGCGAGAACAGCUCUGCCACAACAUCACUGGAGCCCCCCCCAGGGACCCCCAACAUCAGCACUGCCUCGAUGCCCUGGACCAGGCUGCUGCACCCCUCGCCUCUGUCACUGUGGGGUCAGGGCAGCGCCAGGCACUGGGGGAGAUCAUUGUGGAUGCCCUGCACGUUCUGGAGCAGCAGAACCACACGAAGCCCCUUGAGGAGUCUCUGGAGGAAGCCAUCAACACCAUCUGGGUGAAGCUGAGCCAUCUGGAGGAAGCUCCCGCCUGCAUCCCACCCUGUGGCUACCAGCCAGCCGCCCGCGUCUUCCAGUGUGCAACCUGCCGCCACGUGGACUGCCCCUUUCCCCGCGACUGCCCAGCACAGGACAUCUGGGCCCACGCGGACGAAGCCCUCACCCUGCACUGCGAGGUGCCCUUCGCCACCCCCCCGAAUCUGCCCAUCACCUGGAUGUUUGCCAAGGAUAUGCCCCACGACCCCACCCCACCAGGGUCUCCUUCCCGCUCUUCCCAUUCCUCCAUUCCUCCUUCUGCCACCCAGAGCCUCCUGGAAAUGCUGGAGCCUCCACAGACGUAG